AUGCCUUCUCCCGAUGCGGGCAGCGGGACUGCCCGCUGGGUGGGGAGUUCCGAGGAAAUCGGGCUUUGCCGGAGCCUUGCGGGUUGCGCUGGGAGUUGGGGGCGGCCGGAGCUGUUGCUCCUGCUAACUUCUUGCUUGGCCCUGACUCUGGCUCCGGCAGCUAGCCAGCUACACUACUCGGUGCCUGAGGAACUGGAGCAUGGGGCUUUCGUGGCCAAUAUCGCCGAGGAUCUGGGGCUGGAUGUGUCCAAGCUGUCGGCCAGGCGGUUUCGCAUCGUGUCCCGGGCGGGCAGCAAGCAGCACUUGGAGGUGAACCUGGAGAAUGGGAUCCUCUUCGUCAACGAGAAGAUAGACCGGGAAGAGGUGUGCGAGGUCAGCGGGGCCUGCCUCCUGCACCUGCAGCUGGUCAUCGAGAGCCCUCUGGAGCUGUACCGGGUGGAGGUAGAAGUGCUGGACAUCAACGACAACGCGCCCACUUUCCCUUGGCAAGAAUACGUGCUGGAGGUGACGGAGUCCGCGCUGCCUGGUGCCCGCUUUCCCCUGGAGAGUGCGCAGGAUCCUGACGUGGGCACCAACUCCCUGCGCACUUACAGGCUCAGCCCCAACGGCUUUUUCUCGCUGGAAGUGCAGACCCGCAGCGAUGGCAGCAAGUUCGCGGAGCUGGUGCUGGAGAGAAGCCUGGAUCGGGAGCAGCAGCGUAGCCACCGGGUCUUGUUGACGGCUUUGGAUGGUGGGAUCCCCGAGCGGUCCGGCACGGCUAGGGUCGUGGUCACGGUGCUGGAUGCCAACGACAACGUGCCAGUCUUUGAUCAGUCCUCUUACGUGGUGAGCCUUCCAGAGGACGUGCCCAAGGGGACUCUAGUCAUCAGACUCAAUGCCACCGACUUGGAUGAGGGCACCAACGGCGAGAUUGAGUACUCGUUCAGCGGGCACGCCCCGCCGCGAGUCCGAGAGCUCUUCAGCGUCGAGCCUCGCAGCGGGCAAGUGCGCCUGAAGGGCCAGCUCGAUUACGAGCGAGCCAACGUCCACGAACUAUACGUACAGGCCAAGGACCGGGGCCCCGCCGCCGUCGCCGUCCACUGCCGAGUGCUAGUGCAUCUCCUGGACGUCAACGACAACGCACCGGAGGUGACCCUCACCUCAGUCUCCACGCCGGUCCUAGAGGACGCGCCUCCGGGCACCGUCAUCGCCGUGAUCAGCGUGCUGGACAGAGACUCCGGGGACAACGGCAAGGUGAGCUGCGAGAUCCCGCCGGACGUGCCCUUUCAGCUCCAGUCCUCCUUCCACAACUACUACACGCUGGUGACUACCGAGCCACUGGACCGGGAGGCCGUGCCCGCGUAUAACAUCAGUAUCACGGCUCGAGAUCUGGGCUCGCCAGCCCUGGACACCAGGAAGACCCUGACCGUCCACGUGUCGGACAUCAACGACAACGCGCCCCGCUUCCUGCAGCCUUCCUACAGCGUCUACGUGCUGGAGAACAACGCGCCGGGGGCGUCUAUUUGCUCGGUCAGCGCCCUGGACCCGGACUGCAAGCAGAACGCCUACCUGUCCUACUCCAUCGCGGACGGCCAGAUCCAGGGCAUGCCCGUGGCCACCUACGUCUCCAUUAACUCCGACAGCGGGCACAUGUACGCACUGCGCUCCCUGGACUACGAGCAGAUCCGCAACUUCCAGAUCCAGGUGCUGGCACAGGACGCCGGCUUCCCGCCGCUCAGCGGCAAUGUCACCGUCCACGUCUUCGUGCUGGACCAGAACGACAACGCCCCUGUCAUCGUGGCCCCUGUGCCCCGCAACGGCUCGGUGGCCGUGGAGGUGGUGCCCCGCUCGGCAGAUCCGGGCUACUUGGUGGGGAAAGUCUCCGCAGUAGACGGGGAUGCGGGGCAGAACUCGCGCCUUUCCUACCAGAUCCUUCAGGCGACCGACAACAGCCUCUUCAGCGUGGCCCUCUACACGGGCGAGAUCCGUACCAUCCGCGCCUUCCUGGAGAAAGACGCUCCGAGGCACCGCCUUCUCGUCCAGGUGCGGGACAACGGGCAGCCCCCGCUCUCGGCCUCGGUGUCCCUGCUGCUCUCCGUGGUGGACAGCGUGCCCGAGGUCCUGUCGGACUUCAGCGAGUUCCCGCUGGGACCCGAGGCCGCCUCUUCCACGCUCACCCUCUACCUGAUCGUCUCCCUGGGCUCCGUAUCCUUCACCUUCCUGGUGGCCAUUGUCAUCCUCACGGCGAUCAAGUGCCACAAGGACCGGCUCACCCUGCAGGACUAUGGCUGCUCGCUCCCGCCCUGCGGCGGCGGCGGCAGCUGCUGCUCCUGUGACCACUCGGGCCCCCCGUCAGACGGCUUCAAGAAUUCCAACAACAUCAACCCCCAGAUCGCCUCGGGCAACAAGGGGGCCACCAACUGCGGAGAGGGCGGGGCCGCUGGUGGCCCUCCUGGCUAUUGCUACAAAGUCUGCCUCACCCCGGAGUCGGCCAAGAGCGACUUCAUGUUCCUGAAGCCCUACAGCCCCGUCCCUCCCAGGAACAACGAGAAAGCCCCCGACAACUUGCCACCAGCUGCCGGGAAGAUGCCCCGCGUGGCCAAUAACUCUCUGCAACCCUCCAGCCAGGUGAAACAGCCCAAUACAGACUGGCUGCCAUCUAAGCAAUCAACACUGAAGAGUUCACAGAGUUUGGAGGAUGUAGGGGGAGUUUGUCGAGGAAUCCAGAAAGAACACGAUAGGCUGCGCACUUUGGUCACUCCAGUCUCUGAGCUCCAGAAAGCAUCCGGGGCCUCAAACAGCAUCUGGACUCCUCGGUAUGCUCCUGUGUACUCCCAGCAUAUAUCACCUCUGGAUUACCAACACAACGUAUAUAUUCCAGGGACCCCUACCAUGCCUGCCAAUAAGGAUGGGCCCUUGUUUCUGGAUCAGGAAGCCAAAAACAGCUUCUCUACUUUUGGGAAGAGGAAGAAAAUGACCACUUAUUGUGAUAUACAUGACAACAUGGUUAUAAACAAUAACUUGAAAUAACGUUUGUACUGGUCAAUAGUGGGUGCAGAGGAUGCCCAGGUGCUGUCCAUGGCGCUGGAGAAGCUAGGCUGAGAUUUCUGGCCUUAGCCACCUGCGCUGUUCUGCCUAGUACAAGCGGCUGAGAGGUCUUCUGUACAUGCUGCCUUCCCUGAAAGCUUGAUGAUCUGUGAAAGACUGACAUGUUAAGUCAUCAACUGCAGUUGUAAUUUGUGAUGAAAUUGGAGAUAAGUGCCAGUGGACAGCAAAUGGUUAGUAGCUCUUGGAAUGAGAUAAUGAAUGCAAAGGAAGUUUAAAAAAUGUAGAUUCUUCCUAUUUCAUUUGCCAAGACUGGUGGUUGCUCUAAGCAGGAAACACCACAAGGCAGGUAAUUUGAUUUGGCCAUCCAAUGUUAAGUGAAAAACUUGUCUUAUAUUGUAGAACAAAAAUGUCUGGGGAAGGGGGAGUUUAGAGCAGGGAUGGGGAACCUGUGGCCCUCUGGAUGUUGUUGAGAUACUGCUUCCAUAAUCCCUGACCAUUGGCCAUGUUACCUAACAACAUCUGGAGGGCCACUGCCCCCCCCCCGCUUUAGAGAAUGGAUGUCUGGAAGUCAGAACAGCCAUGUCCUCCACACUUUGACAAGUCUUUUAGCAAGAGCUCCUUUUUGUAAAAGUUGUAGUCUUGUUUUCCUUCUUGGUCUGUGUGAAUGUAUCAGGUGCACUUCUGUGUGUUUCUCAUCUUGUUAGCACACACAAAAUGGCUGUAAUGGAAAAUUAUGGAAAAUGAAGAAAAUACUUGAGUUAAAGCCAGUAGGGAGUUAUGCUCUCAUAAGAAGGAGGUUUUACUUCUCAAGAACGUGUGAAUAAUUUCUUACUGGAGAUGGUGGUAAUGCCCAGCAUGCAAAAACCAAUCUAUUUAUUUAAUAUUUCACUGAACGAUAAAAACAUUACCUAGUGGUUUAUGUUUUUUAUCAGAUACACUUGGAUGUAGAGCAAAACAUACAAUACUUGGAAGGGGAGUAUUUUCAAUUGACAUUAAUAUUGUGAUAAGAAAGAAGCAGGUUCUAAAAGGAUUGAUUUGAUGAAGAACAAGGCUUACACAUGACUGAAGUUUGGAACAGAGGUCAAAGAAGAGUGUUAAUAAUGUUGUCUUUUUCUCCCCCCUCCCUGCCCACUAUCCUCUGUCUUUCAACAUGGGACUUUGGUGGGAGAAUGAGACAGAAACUGGGCGAGUAGGAGACUUUGGGGUCCAGCCCACUGAAUGGAUGUAAGGGUGCAUUUGCCCAAGAAGGGAUGGUAUUAUCUUAUGAGUCUAAUCCCUAUCAACUAUCUAAAAGAGCAACAGUGAUCUGGGGAGUCAGGGCAGUGUAUAUUUAAUUUCGCACACAGACAAUCCAAAUCCUGCACUAAGGAAAGUGUGAUCUGCACAAAUUAUGCACAUUUUCAUAAUUUCUUUCAUUUUGCAGUGUUUACAAUUUCACAUACUAUAUUCUGGUUUUGCUUGUCAGUGGGAGGGCAGGACUAUGCAGGGCAAUGAAGUCCCCACCUCAGCUACUAGAAAUCUUAUGCAGCCAUCCCUCUAGAUUCUGAGAUUUCAGUUGGCAGUCACAUUUUCAACCAUAUCUCCAUAACCAUAAGGGCUGGAAACUUGCUUUUUCAAAAAUGAAGGCUAAGAACCUCAGGAAGUCAAAUUCUGCACCCAGUUCUACAUCCUCCACUUUCCUCAAGCGCCCCCAUAAAUCUGUCAUAUACACUGUCCACACUUUUGAGUAUAUCUUCAUAGCCAUAAAGACGGAUGUUUUUUUUAAAAAAAAUAAAAUUAAUAUGAAAGGCUUUACUUUAAAGCUGAGUAUUUCAGGAAACCAAAUUCUGCACCCAAUAAAACAUUUUGUGCUUUUUCCUGAGCUCUCAUGGAAACCAGGCAUACAUAGAGCUCCGCUAACACCAAGUUUUUUUAAUAGGGGCAAAUCUGGCAAGAAGACAAUUCUGCAGCUCCAGAAGGUACAUUCUUAAAACUUCAGGCACAAUGGAUGCCUUUGCACUCCCACAAGGACCCUGUAAUCUACCAGGUCUACAGAGGAAGGCAAUGCUAUCUGCCUUUCUGCUAGCAACUUAUGUGGGUGGAUCUCAAUACAACAUCUGUGGGAGGUGGCAAUUAUGGAUCUUCAAAAAUGGCUAAAUUGCCCAAGCUUCUACUACUCUGCUUCACCAAACAUGGCAAAUUUUAAAGGCAAAAGAGAUAUUGAACACAAAGUCUUCACUUGCUGAAACUGCACUGAGGGGGAAAGUGACUGAGGUGGGGAAAUUUCACUUCAAGUGGAGGACCAAUUUCAGUAUUUUCCUAAAGAGGCAGGACUGAUCUACUGAAAGUCUUGCCCUCUGCUCUGUACCACAAGGUCUACAUCAGCCCCCUUCAUCACUGCUACAGAUAACGUAAUAGUUCAUCUUUCUCCCUUAGUGAUUUGCAGUAUAUCACUUUCCUUCCUCUUUAGCUGUGUGUACCUUCAAUUUGGGGCUUGCACUGCAUUUUUCUCCAUACAUCUAAGGAUUUUAACUUGCAGCUGAAUUGGCUGCAGGCAAGUAGGGAUAGUCUAUGAAGCACCGGAUGUUUGUACGCUAUGUAGGACAAUACUGGUACUGCAUCCACUUAACCUUUUGCCCAGGGCAAAGCUAGCUCAGACCACCUGGAAGACAACAGGAUAUGAUGGAAGAAAGCAAGCACUAACCUGAGGUACUAACCUGAGUCUCCCUGUGCUUGCAGUGGCAUGUAGGAAGACUCUGAGGUACAUUGCACUUGCAUUUCACCAGUACUGCAGCCUCCUUGUCUGGCUCGUGGGGGAUCAAAGGCAAGCGAAUAGGCCAAUUCUGCUCAGCAGCUGAUGUCAGAUCAUGUCGUCUGUAGUUGCAUUCAUGUGCCAUUUUGGUCUGUGGGGAAAACCAAAAGGAAUCCCUAGACUCUCAGCUGGCUCUAGGAAUGCCCUAGGUAUGGGAUAUAAGCAGGAGGAAUGGCAGAUAGAAUCUGAACUCAAGACAGGCAUGAAUCUUCAUCUCAAGAUAUUUGCUGUGCAUUUGUCAAUGUGUGUUUGUAGCAGGCACUUCAGCUCUAGACAUUUGUGCCUCCACACUAAUCUUUUUCAAGAUUGGCCUAUGUGAGCAGCAAGUUCUUUGUUGAACAGUUCAGUCUGACAGCCCUAUUUAAGAUAAUGCAGAGG